GAUGGAGGCCGGCGGCAGCCGGGAGCGCGAGGCCAGGAAUUACCUGGAAAAACAUCAGAUCAUGGAGUUGCUAAAGUAUCUCACCAGCGUCCUCCUCUUCAUCCGGCCGGAAAAACCAAGAGAGUAUUUAAUAGCUAUAUUGGAAAAACUGAGAAUUGCCAAAGCAACAGGUGUGGCUUUCCCUUUCUUUAUGGAUCACUCGAACAUCGCGGCUAUGUUUGACAUGAUGGACUCCUCGAAGAAAGGCACCAUAUCAUUUGUGCAGUACAAAGAAGCCCUAAAAACCCUGGGUCUGUGUACUGCGGAUGAAGUUUUAAAAGAUGAUGGGCAUGCAAUAACUUUGGAUAAGUUCAAGAGUGAAGUGAAAAGAAUGAGGCCCAGGGCUCUGGCCUGAAACGUUUCAUCCAAAACAAAGGAUGCCACUGUCAUAUGGAAUGGAACUAGGAAGUAUUUUGAAUGGAAGGACACUUGUGGAAAAUGAGCGCCAUCCUAUUUAAUUUCCAAACUAGACACAGGAACUUCACUCACAACCGUGCAUUCUAAAGUGAUUUUUUUUUAAUUUAUUUGCUGUGUUUGAUUAUCCACAAAAGUCUCCCUUAAUUAGUGUAGAAAAUUGAAAGUUGGUUAUAAGUUAUUAUCUCUACUCUUGUAUUUUAUUCAACAGACAUAUUCAGCAUUUUUAUUUGUAAAUGGAAUUACUCUGAGUUUUCGUGGCUUCUGAGUCUUCUAUUUUUGUUUUCUUAGGAACAAGAGGACUCAGGAAAUAUGGUCAGCAUUUUAAUAACACCAUAAGUCCAAGGAAUAAAUGAUUCUACUGAGUUUUCAGUUGUCCAGUUUCAUUAAUUCAGAACUUCAGGGGCUGGCCCCAUGGCUGAGUGGUUAAGUUUGUGCGCUCUGCUCCAGUGGCCCAGGGUUUCACCAGUUCGGAUCCUGGGCACGGACCUAGCGUGGCUCAUCAAGCCACGCUGAGGUGGUG